AUGGAUUUGGGUAAAGGUCCAAGUCCGAUGCAGCCUCCAAGAUCUCCUCGUGGCCUGCCUACUCCUCCCAAUAUCAUCACUACAGCUCCUUCCAUGCUCAGUGAUACAUCACUCUACCUCGACGAUUCACUUCGAACAUCAACAGCAACAGCCGCAAACUCGCCAAAUCCGAUUCGACGACGAGAAACCAUCAUCAGACAUGUACCAAACAUGAAGAAUAGAAACUACGUCGUUGAAGUACCUGUCUCUGAUGAAACUCUCAAGAAUGCCAAAUUCAAGAUUGGACCUGAAUUCACGACUUUGCGAUACACUGCCGCCACGUGUGGAGCUGAUGAAUAUUCUCAAAACUACACCUUGCGACAAGCCGAGUACGGGCGUCAUACAAAGAUCGCAGUCGUAGUCACAAUGUACAAUGAAUCUGAAGAGUUGUUUACAAAGACUUUGACUGCUGUGAUGAGAAAUAAAAAUCAGCUGAAGCUUGAAUCAUGUCGAAAGUUUAUAUCUUGGGGCUCAGAAGGCUGGAAGAAUAUCGUAGUAGUAAUCGUUUCUGAUGGACGCACCAAAAUCAACCCAAAGGUCUUGGAUGUACUCAACGUCAUGGGUUGCUACAUGGACGGCUUGAUGCAAACUACUGUGCAGGAAAAGGAAGUGGUUGCUCACGUAUUCGAACACACUGCCCAAAUCGCUGUUAAUCGAAACAUGGAAAUCAGAACUUCCGAGGAGGACUAUGUUCCUGUUCAGUUCUUGUUUUGUCUCAAGGAGAAGAAUGCCAAGAAGAUCAACAGUCAUCGUUGGUUCUUUAACGCUUUCGGCAAAGUUCUACAACCAGAGACUUGCAUGCUGAUUGACGUCGGAACCAGACCAACCAAUUCAAGUUUCUAUCACCUGUUUCGUGCCUUUGAGAGGGAUCCUGCAGUGGCUGGAUGUUGUGGUGAAAUUGCUGCUGAACUGGGAACUGCAUGGAACAAACUGUUGAACCCCUUGGUUGCUGCACAAAACUUUGAAUACAAAAUGUCCAACAUUCUCGACAAGCCACUUGAAAGUGUGUUUGGAUUCAUCUCUGUGCUCCCUGGAGCGUUUUCGGCUUACCGAUAUAGGGCUUUGAUUGAUGGACCUCUUGAUGUCUAUUUCCGUGGUGAAGCACUACAUGGUGGCAGUCAAGAUAUUAUGGCGGCAAACAUGUACUUGGCUGAAGAUCGUAUCUUAUUCGACUUGAGCAACUCUGAAGUAUUAUCAGCUGAUGCCCAUCGUCAAGGAUUCGGAGUUCGUGUCGAUCCUUUCUAUCCAUGGGGUCCAACAAUAUUUGCUGUGAUUCGAGAAGUUUACCUGGGCGCUAUCGUUCUUGUCUUUAUUUCCUCUAUGGGAAAUCGCCCUCAAGGCUCCUCAACGCUCUACUACGUGAUUGUCGUCUUGUUUGCUUCGAUCUUUAUUGUCAUGCAAGUUCAUGCGAGUUUCCUUGCAAUCUACUCUGUCUACUUAGCCAUUGUAGCAGCAGCAAAUAGUGGCAACAACAUAUGGUUUGACUUUAAAAGCUCACCUACUUUCCGUGACGUCGUGAUUUCCCUCACGGCCACAUAUGGCGUCUAUGUCGUUUCGAGUAUCCUACAUAUGGACCCAUGGCAUAUCGUCACAAGCAUGAUUCAAUAUUUCUUGCUAUUGCCUUCAUACAUCAAUUUGUUUAUGGUUUACGCUUUUUGCAAUUUGAACGAUGUGUCUUGGGGUACAAAAGGUGACAAUGGAGGCUCACAACAAGGACUAGCUCCAUCAGGCCUCAACAAAGCCAACGAACCCAAAGACGUCGCCGCCACAGUCGCCCAAGUGAACGAAGUGGCUAUUGCACAAGGCUGGACCACUGCCAUGAAAUCCUUAGAAGCAGUUCGAAUCAACAAGGGCGUCGCGCCUCCAAAACAGAAACGAGAUGCCAAUACCAAGAUGGAAGACUGGUUCAAACUCUUCCGUACAAGAACUGUGCUCUUGUGGAUGUUUUCCAAUGCUUUGAUGAUUAUUGUCUUCACAAGCCCAAGUUUGGAGACUGCACUGUUGCAUCAUGAUAUUCAAGGUUCAGUCAAUCCCUUCUUGACCUUCCUGUUCUGGUCUGUGACCAUUCUGUCCUUGAUUCGCUUUAUGGGAUCCACAAUCUAUCUCGUCAGUCAUUAUAUGGCUAUGUUUGAAGAAUGCUUGGGAUGCGCGGCUGGAGCCCGCGAGCCUUCAAGCAUGGUGUAA